CGUUGGCGUAGUCGACGUCAGAACCAGACAUACGAUUGAAGAGUGUCCAUAGUGGGUAGUAGUAGGUAGUAGGUAGUGGGUAGUGGGUAGUGGGAGUGAGGAUUAGGGUCUAGUCCCUCUACCUUUCGCCUUCUUUUUCUCAAAGGAUCCAACUUGUACUUCUCAUAAGACACAUACACACAGGACAGACAGAGACUCACACUAAAGACUAAAAUUUCCAAGUACAAGUCCAAGUGAGGAUCCAAGAAAUCGAGCAAGGGACAGCAGACCUAGGCCUUGGGAGGGUAAGGGGUAGGGGGUAGGGAUCGAAGAACGUUUCACGUUGUGUAGGUAUAGGUAUGCGUGCGCACAUCACCAACACUAAACACUCUCAUGAUCAGAAGCAAUCACCUCGUCGAAACUGACUGAAGUUGUUCCUGAAAAAUAAACAGGAUAUUACAUGCAAUAAUAAAAAAUGGAGAGCGGUGCAAUUGGAAUUGGUCGACUUGACUGCUAUGAAGAUAUGUUUAAAGAAAUAACCCGUAAAUUAUACGGGGAUGAUCCUGACCACAGAACUUCCAGUGUCCAAAAUGAAUUUGAAGCUUCAGUGUCAUAUAAAACAGAAGAUGACAACGGAGCUAAUGAUUCUGACGACGGUAAUUGGACAUGCGAGGAUGAACCGCUGAAAGGAACAGACGGAAGUCGAAUAGCUGCUUACAAUCCUGGAAAAGCAACGUGGCGUUGUGAUGAAUGUGGAGAUUGCUUAUCUGGAAGUCCACGUGACAUCGCUGAACAUUUUAUGGAGCUGCACUCAUCCCGAUUGCUGGAUAAUAGGCAUCACCGAGACGGCACUAGGAAAGAUUACCUCCACAGUGAUCCCAAGCUUGAAGAUAUACUCAGUUACCUGGAAAAAGUGCGUGAUAAGGCUGAAAGAAUAUCACCGCCUUCAAGACGCACUCAAGAAACUCAGACAAUUCCUGCUGCUUUGUUACCUGUUACUUCUAAUUUUCUGCUUCAAGAGUUACCUUCAACACCUCCGCAACACCUACAUUCGAGUCCAACGAUGAUGACUAAUUCGUCAGUGGCAACAACACUGACGAGCAGCAAACGUUACACUUGCCCGUACUGCCCUUACGGAACAGAUCGUCGUGACCUGUACACUCGACAUGAAAACAUCCACCGGGAAGAAAAGCCUUUCCAUUGCUACGUUUGCUACAAACCGUUUAAUCGCGCUGACCACGUAAAGAAACACUUUUUGAGGAUGCAUCGUGAGCAUACCUAUGAAUUGUCAAGGAUACGUCGUAAUCCGGGGUCCUCGGAUCCAAAACCGCCUUUGAUGCAGGACAACAGCGCUGCCAACAAUAACACCAACAAUAAUAUUAAUGGAAACAAUCAGAAUAGCUAUACUAAUUACAAUAAUAAUAAGAAUUACCAGUUACCGACUAGUCAGACUAGUCAAACGAACAAUAAUCCGGUGGGUAAUAUUUAUCAGACUUCGAUGCCUCCUGCGGUUAAUAAUAUUCCUGACAACAAUUGUGGCAACAGAAGGAUCCAGCCUACGGGUUGUAAUAGUAAAAGUCAUUUGAAAGCUGGCUCCAAGGGUGCUGAAAGAAGAUACACCUGUUGCUACUGUUCCUGGAGCGGCGUCGACAAUUGGUGUUUAAAGCGACAUUUAAACACUCAUCUUAAGCCCUUUGCAUGCUCACUGUGCGAAUACAAAGCAGCGAGGGCCGAAAGACUGGCGACUCAUGUCCUAAAAGUCCACAACAAAAGACAGUGCUCCAGGUGUUCAUUUUUGGGGGAAGAUUCGGCACAGCUUCAGUUGCACCAGUUACAUGUUCAUCGGAUCAACAAUGGGAAUGUAAACGCGGCCAUGGUAAACAAUACCAGCGUUGUAACGACUUCUACGGCGCCGGCCAACCUCCAAAAUUCUUCACCUACCACGCCAUGUCGCACCGAUCCUAUUCAUUUAAGUGGCGGUCGUCCUCCUCCAGGACCCCCGGUAUUUCCUACUCAGUCGACAACAAUAGUUCCACCACCUACGACAAUACUUGGGAUAACUUAUGGACGGAACAAAAGGAAACAAAUAGCGCCGCGUAAAAUUAUCAAACACGAGAAAUAUGAACAAAGUAACGACGAGCAGGAAAACUGUUACGAAGGAAGCGAAAAUGGAAAUUACGAAGAAGAAGAAGAAGAAGAAGAAGAUAUGAGUGAAGAUGCUGGGAACAAAACAAACUGUUUAGGCACAAGAAGCUUUAGGUGUUACCUUUGUCCAAACAAUGCACACGCAAGAGCAUUAUCAACGAAACCCUAUCAUACAAAAGCAUCAUUAACGUUACAUAGACUAUGGUGGCACUCGCAAAAUAAUAAUAUUAACAAAAAAAUUAUUGUCGAUAGAUUUAAAUGCAAGUCGGCUAUGAUUAACCUCUUGUGAUGUUAACAAUCGACAUUUAUAAAUUUAUAUUGUUGUACCAAUUGCUUACCAAUUAUAAAUGUCAUUUUCACAGUAUGUAUUGUUGCGAAGAUAGUCAUCUCAUCAUUUUUUAAUAAAAAAAAAAAAGAAAAAAAAAAAAGUAACCGUGCAAUGAAUAUUAUUGGUUAUGAACAAAUGUAUGAAGAAAUAUUUGUAUAAGCAAACUAAACAAUUAAUGUGAAUACUUAUAUAUAUAUUUAUUUUUUUUUUUUUUUUUUUCAUAACUAUAGUCUAUAAUUAUUACCAGAUUUUUAGAGUCAUACAUUUUUGUUUUAAAUUUUUGUAUUCAUUGUUCCGUUGAUAUGAGGCUAGUACUUUUGAGAUAAUUAUUUAUUUUUUAUUAUUAUUAUUAUUAUUAUUAUUAUUUUUAAGACUUAAAUCUUGUGUUUGUAAAAACAAUCUUUAAUAUUGUAAUAUUAUUGUUUACGUUAUUACAUGAAAUAUAUAUGAUGAUAAUAAUAAUAAUAAUAAUAAUUACAACAAAACUAUUAUAUUUGAAACAAAAAAUUUGUUUUUUGUAUUUUAACAACUAGUUUUAACCUAUUAAAAAAAACUGUUCUCUUUGUCACAAGAACAAAGUUAAUAUAAAAAUCUAUUUAAAACUUUUGUUUUAAACUUUUCCUCAAAAUGGCGGCGUGUAAACAUAUAUAUAUAACAAUAAGCUGUUAUAACCAUAAAUGUUUAUUAUUUUUAAAAUUUGCGUAAGCAGUAUUGUUAUAAUAAGAACGAUGAAAUCCAUUUUUACAUAAGCAAUGUUAUCAUUAGAAGAACAAUUAAGCAGUUAUUGACGUCUUAACAAAAUAAACGGUAAAGUAUAUAAGCGCGGAUUUUGCAUCAAUGUGGAAUCAUAACCUAAACGAUUUUAGGCUGAAAAUAUCACCAAGAUGCGUUUUAUAAUUGUCUUGUUGGUUGUUGCCAUGGCUAUCUACGUAGCCGCUAGUAACUGUGAUAGCGGAUCAUGUCAUAGCGGUGGACUUUUGGGCGAUACUUUAAAAAAUGGACUCUUGAAUGGUGACAUCCUGAAAGGUGGAAUCUUGAACAACAAUGGUGGAUCAGGAGGAUGUGGUAAUAACUGCGGCCAUUCCAAAGGAUGUUAAAAUGACAGCUCAGUUCGCUCUAGAUGCUGCUAAAAAAUAUCAGCUGCAAUAAUAAAGAGAUAUUUUUCCUGUGUUUUAAUAAUUAAUGGCUUACGCAAUGACAUAUACACUUUGUUA